AUGACCGGCCGGAAAUUGUCUCCAGCACAACGCGAAAAGUUGCUACAGCCUUACCUCCCUCCAGUGAAGACGAAAGACAAUGUCGACCAUGAUGAUGACCAACGCUUCCACCACCGACAGCGGGUACGGCCGGCGUUGCGGCAGAUGCUGCACCAACUGCUCUUCACCUUCAUCCACACCCUCUUCUCCCUCCACAUCCGCACCCGCCAUUUCUACCACGCCCUGCUCGAUCGCGCCCUCGCAAUCCUCUACUAUCACCAUCGCACCCCCGAGCUGAUCCGGAGAGAUGUGAAGCAUUUGGACAAGAUCCCACGUCAUUUGUCCGUCAUUCUGCAGCUCAAGGAUGGGAGUGAAGGGCUGUCGGGCUUGAUGGACGAUGCCAGUGAGCUGGCUGCGUGGRGUUCGGCGAGCGGAGUGAAGAUGUUGAGCAUAUACGAGCGGACGGGCAGCCUCAAAGCAAGCCUUCCCCAUCUCCACCGGAGGAUCACGCGGACGUUGACAAGCUACUACGGAACCAAAGAUGCCUCCAAGCCCACCAUUUCCCUUCGCAGUCCCAACAUGCCCGCCUACGAACCUCCAAGCGACAGCCGCGACAACACAUCCUCGCCCAACCACCUCACCAUUCUCCUCCUCGAUGCCUCUGAUGGACGUCAAACGCUCGUGGAUCUUACCAAGACUCUCACGGAGAUGUGUCAGCGAGGUACCAUCCGCCCCGAGGAAGUCUCCCAAGAACUCAUCGAUGCCGAAAUCUCCGAGAGUGUCAUGGGUGAGCCGGACUUGCUCAUCAUCUUUGGAGGCCGGGUCAUGCUACAAGGAUACCCACCCUGGCAGGUGCGAUUGACGGAAAUGUGUUAUGCAAAGGAUCUGAGUGGCGUGGGAGUUGGGUACUCGGUCUUCCUCAGGGCUUUGUACCGUUUUGCUAGAGCCGAGUUUAGAUUUGGGCGAUAG